UUAUAAAGCUUUGUCACACACGCGGUAUGGAACAUAUUACGGAAAUGAUAAAGAAAACAAUUUUUUUGCCAGUCAGUCAAAUAACGAUAAUCAUGAUAUGGAGGUCAUGUUGAAUUAUUACUACAAGCUUUAUGGAAAGAAGGGGGGUGAUUCAUUCUAUUUAGGACCUCAGAGAAGCCAUGUAGAGGGACAAGGGGGGAAAGACAUUUACAUCAUUCCUGAGACUGGGGGCAACACUCACAUAUACAACUAUGAUCCAGAUAAGGCCACUGAUGUACUUAUUCUCAGUGUCAACUACAGUGAUAUAUCAGUAACAAAAUCAGGAAAUGACGUUAUUUUGCAAUAUUUAACAGAUCACAAUGUAAGAAUACUAAAUUGGUUUCUGGGAGAGGAGUACCGUCACCUAAACAUGAUGUCAGCUGAUGGUGUCUUGUUUGACAUCAACCCCACUGUCAUUUCUUCCGUUAAGCUUAUUGCUCUAGGUGUGAACAAAAUGUCCAAAACUCAGGAUCAGAGAGUAAAUGCAUCAGAGCCUCUGCUACUCAGUGUGACCAACAUUGUGGGCUCCCCUCAUGAUGAUUGGCUAAUUGGAAAUUCACAGAAGAAUGUGAUUGAAGGUGGUGGUGGAACCGACCACAUGAAAGGAGGAGAGGGAGAGGACAUCUAUGUGGUGAAUGAAAACUCAAAGGUCUACAUUGAAAAUCAUUCUCAUGAUAAUGAAACUGAUAUGUUGAUUACAGACACAAACCUUCAUGAUUUUAGAAUCAAAGUACAAAGAAAUAAUUUGAUUCUUAUGACACGUAAUCAGAAAAUGUUUGUCACUCUGGUAAAUUGGUUCCGUUCCGACACAGACCGUCAUCUUCUAGUGCUCACAAAGGAUUUGGUGACUUUCACCAUCUCUGAGAACAAGGUUGCCUGCACAAAGUCUGACCUUUUCAAAAGCAAGUGCAUCUUGAGCCAAAGUAUUGAUUACAGUAAAUCCAAAAUUUCCCUUGAAAUAGACAUGCAGAGUGAUGAGGCAUUUCAGAGUGUAACCCAGGUCUAUGGUUCAGACUUAGAUGAUAAAAUCAAAGGCAAUGCAAAACACAACAGCAUUAUGCCAGGACAGGGAAACGAUUUCAUUCAGGGAUUAGGAGAGGAGGAUUGGUAUGUAGUGACUCCAGGCCAUGGUUUGAAGAUCAUUGACAACUACUCACCAGACACUGUAGUUGACACACUGUUCUUAAGAGAAAGAUAUGAGCUCAUUAGUUGCAGAUGUCAAGGAUUAGACUUAUCAAUACUUAUAAAUGAGACCGAAGAAAUCCUGUUGAAAGGCUGGUUCAAUUCAAAACAGUCACAACACCUUCAAAUCCAGUCUGCUGAUGGGAUAACAUUUAAACUCAUAGGCGAUCUCAGCCAAUGCAGUGGUCAGCUUAAGUUCCCGCAAUCUGUUGAUUACAGAAAUAAAGCAACAGGCCAGACCAUGUUCAUGGAUGAAGAAGAGUUUGCCACAGUGCUGAAAAUGUAUGGAUCCUCUAGUUUUGACCUCAUGGUUGGAAAUGAUAAAGACAAUUUGUUGGACCCCUUCACAGGAGGUGGCCAGUUGAUGGGGAAAGAGGGAAGUGACAGGUACAUUGUGAAACCUGAAUAUGGGAUGAAUCUCAGGAUUGAUAACUUUGCUUUGGAUGAGAAGGUGGACACUGUGCUGUUCGAGGCAGAUUUCAUCUCUGGCCAGUUCACAGUUCAGUCUGAGGAAUAUGACGUACUGGUAAGCACCACUGAAAAAGGGCAGAAAAUGCAGGUUCGGCUAAUCAAUUACAGUACUGGACGUCAAAAUCAACAUCUAAGUUUCCAGAGUCGUGAUGGAGUAUUUUUCUGGGUAAAGUCUCCAGUUAGAAACAGCACUGAAAACACACAGACUCCUUGGAUUGAGCCUUACAAGGUGAAGCUGGUUGAAAGGCAGACAGACUGCCGUAUAGAUCUGAACUUGCAUGCCAACCUCUCCACUGUUCACACAGUGCAGGGCUGCCUCUAUCAGAGUAAUCACAUCCUGGGUAACGGGCAGGAAAAUGCUCUCUUUGGUGGAAUGAAAGACGAUGCCCUAGAGGGAGGUCCUGGGCAUGACACGUUGAUGGGUGGACAGGGCAGUGACAUCCUGAUGGGGAACUCUGGAGAUGACACUUUUUAUGGAGAGGAGGGAAAUGAUACCAUGCUGGGGGGCUCAGGAGCCGACGUCUUUGUCCCCGGGCUAGGAGCCGAUUUGGUGGAUGGGGGCUCGGGCAGAGACACUGUGUUGUACCAGGGAGAUCACAGGAAAGGUGAAGGGGUUUAUGUCAACCUGCUGACCGGUGAAUGCCGACAGGCAGAUGCUGAGGGAGACGUACUCAAGGACAUCGAAAAUGUGAUUGGCACCAUUUACUCAGACGUGCUUAUUUCAGGCUCAGAGUCAACGCUGCUCAAAGGCUCAGAUGGCGAUGACAUCCUUGUAUCUGUGAACGGGGAUGAUUACUUGGUUGGAGGAGAGGGUAAAGACAUCUACCUGUUAGUUUCUCACUAUGGCCUGCUGACUAUUAACAACUGUGCCGAUGAUAAUUCCACAGAUAUCUUGUACCUUGACUUCCUGUCUCAGGAUGAUGCACUAAGCUGCUCACAGACAUCUGAUUGGCUGUCUCUGACUUUCGGUGGGUCUGAUGGUUCAGUUGUUGAGGUGAGACUGAUGGAAUGGCAUAACAGCAGUGAUAAAUGCGGCCAUUUGACACUAAUCCUCAGGGAGGGGGCGACGUCUAUUGAUAAACUAAAGAUUUGCCAACGUAAUGACAUGUUAAUUUACUUGGUAAGAGCAGUAGCAGUUGCUACAGUUGCUAUAGCUGCAGUAGUUCAUGUAAUAGGAAUACUGUUCUACUUCCUUAAGUGUGUCCGCAGAAAUAAAGAGGUGAACGGUGAAGGAAGGCCAGCCAAUAAUGAGGGAGAGGCCGGUCUAGAGAGGUCUGAGGAUGUAUCAGACCUUUAGGCUAAAUACUGGACAGAGAUAAAACACAUCAGCGAUGCAUCACACUGGAAAAAAAAUCUUGUAAAAUUUAUGGCAAAUUAUUGGCAAAAAGUUAACAAUGAAUAAUUCUAAUUUUAGAAUAAUUUGCCAUGAACAAUAUUUUACUGUUCAAGUGAUUUAUUGUCACAGAAAAAAGUCAUUUUCAGCUUUCAUGAUAUUCUAUUUACUGCAUUUUACUGUAAUUCUCAUUUAUACCCUGUAAUUUCACAUUUUACUGUAAUUCUCAUUUAUACCCUGUAAUACCCUUUAAUUUCACAUUUUACUGUUUUAUACUGUAAUCUUUAUUUACAUUAAAUUCCGGUAAUUUCAAUUACUA